CAAAUCAACAUCCUUCGUUACGUGCGCCAUUUUCUUUCUUGUUUUGAUUAGAGGGGGGAACCUAAAUAAAUCCACCAUCAUCUGCUUUAUUUGAACUCCUGCAAGCCAAAUAACUUAUCGAAGAGGGAGUUCAGGCAUUCUUGUUAUGGCAGAUACGGAUAAACUUAAUAUAGACAGUAUUAUAGCUAGAUUACUUGAAGUUAGGGGAUCUAGACCAGGAAAAAAUGUUCAGCUGACAGAGUCAGAGAUCCGUGGUCUCUGCCUUAAGUCACGGGAAAUUUUCCUAAGCCAGCCUAUAUUGCUGGAAUUGGAGGCCCCAUUGAAAAUAUGUGGUGACAUCCAUGGUCAAUAUUAUGACCUAUUACGAUUGUUUGAGUAUGGUGGAUUCCCCCCAGAGAGCAACUACUUGUUCCUCGGAGAUUAUGUAGACAGAGGAAAGCAGUCACUGGAAACAAUCUGUCUUCUCUUGGCCUACAAAAUCAAAUACCCAGAAAACUUUUUCCUCCUCCGUGGAAAUCACGAGUGUGCCAGCAUCAACAGAAUCUAUGGGUUUUAUGAUGAAUGCAAGAGACGAUACAACAUUAAGUUGUGGAAGACCUUCACAGAUUGCUUCAACUGCUUACCAAUUGCAGCCAUUAUUGAUGAAAAAAUAUUCUGUUGUCAUGGCGGUUUAAGUCCUGACUUGCAGUCCAUGGAACAAAUUCGACGAAUCAUGAGGCCCACAGAUGUUCCAGAUCAAGGUCUUCUAUGUGAUCUCUUGUGGUCUGAUCCAGACAAAGAGACAAUGGGAUGGGGAGAAAACGACAGGGGGGUGUCUUUCACAUUCGGAGCAGAAGUUGUUGCCAAAUUCUUACACAAACACGAUCUUGACCUUAUUUGUAGAGCUCAUCAGGUGGUAGAGGAUGGAUAUGAAUUUUUUGCAAAAAGACAGCUGGUCACACUAUUCUCAGCGCCCAACUACUGUGGUGAAUUUGACAAUGCAGGUGCUAUGAUGAGUGUGGAUGAGACACUCAUGUGCUCCUUCCAGAUACUUAAACCUGCAGACAAGAAGAAGUUUCCUUAUGGUGGACUAAACGCAGGCCGACCUGUCACCCCUCCACGGGGUCAGGCUAAGGGCAAAGGAAAAAUGUAAGGGACUGGCAAAACAAAGACCCACCUUCAAGUUUUUAGUGUAACUCAGACAACACAGAAAUGUAAACACCAUAUCACCAGAUUCAUUUGAUUUCACUGUACUCAUCGGGCGACAUGAACUUUGCGAAUUGCAUAGAACGGUUUUGUGAAGCCGACAGUGUUGUUAUUGGUGAAUACAUUGUGAUUUUAAAAAAAAAAGCUCAUGGCAAUCCAAGCCUAGGGAAUUAUUCAUUUGUAUAUACACGUGUUGUGCAUUUGAGAUAUAAAAAGAGUAAUGACUUUCCUAUAGCUUUUGUGUAGUGUAAUUGAUAGAAUUGUGUAAGAGCUAGGAGCAAACUGUCAGAGGCCCCGACUAUAAUAGACUGGUGGAAAUGCGGAUGGGGAUAGGAGAAAGUGCAAAAACUGUAUAUUAUAUCUGUUGUAAUAUAAGACAUGCUUGGGCUCUUCGGCUUUCUUUCAAAGUCCUCAUUUCCUCCAAAACUUGAUGUGAGUUGAGAUCUUUCGUGUAAUUGCUGUUGUACUCAAAUACUUGUAGAUAAUACUGUACACCUUUAUAACUUUUAUCUCAAAUAGAAAGUGUUAUUUUAUUUUUUGUGUAAAUAAUGUUACUAUCAAUAUUUAUUGUAACUGCAUGGUCAUUUUACUGCAUUCCUGGUAAUAGUAUGUGUACGAUGAAAUAGCAAGUAAGCCAAACAUAAACUUUCACUCCGCAUUAAUAAUGAUGUCCUUCAGUAGAAAGCAUCUCAAUGGAUGCAUUUGCUGUUGAAAGAAAUUUUUAUAAAUAUGAAGAACAAAUAAAGGAUGUUUUCUAUU